UCAGUGUGCCACGAGUCGUCGCGGUGAAACGUUGCGUCUCUUUCACUCCGCCUGUGAUAUCACGUGUACUUGUGAUAUGGUUUCUAAGUAACUGUUAGAUUUGAUUAUGCGUAUGUAGAGCUUCAUUAUGGGGAUGUGCAUUUACGUUGUGUUUCGUGUUAAAUUAUAAGUAAGUGAUCGCACUUUCACCAGGUGCCCCAUAUCGACUGUCAUUGACACGUACGUCGUCAGAAAGAUACUGUGUCAACUUGAGAGGAGCGCAGUACAGCGUGGAUAUGGCGUUUGGCGUCGUGACCUUAGCUGCUCAUACAUAAAACAAACACAUAAACACUGCACUUAAUAAGCAGUGUAAGUAGACAGGAAAGUUGACACAAGUGUGAGAUAAAAUUGAUGAAAAACACACGUUCACUGGUUUGGACAAGCACGCGUGUGUACGUGAAGACGAAUGCAUUUAUUAUACUUGAUAUACUAAUCUCUUGUUUGGCUGCCACUUCAUACGCGUUAAACUGUUGUCAGAAUUACAAAGUACUUUCGAGUUCUAUUUACGAUAUUGUUUUUCUCUCUUAGAUGUGUAAAAACUGUAUCAUGUGUGAGGGAUUAACUUUGUAUGUGCGCGUAAGAGAAAGAACGUGAUAAAAUCAUAUGUAUGUAGAGGUCUGCGCAUAAAAGGAUACAGGGGAACUGCGAAUGGACGCAAACAAAGGUGUGCUUGUCUGGCUGUCCGGUAAUUCAACCGCGCGGGAUGACCAUGGCUAUGUCUUUGUGCCUUAAAACGUCCAAAUUAAACUGCAAAAUAACGUCCACCGAUUGUACAGAGGCUAAUGUGUUGCGAUGUGCAUCAAGGAAUGUCGAUAGUCAUUCCAAAGAUAUAUUAACGUUCCUCCUUGUUUAUCGUCGAAUGAGAGGGUGAGGCUUCCCACCUCUCAGUCUCCUCAGGGCUCGUUCGGAAGGGCGAAGCUCAUCCUGCAUGCGUAGACGUCAGUACACACCAUAUGUAUUUAUUCAGGGCGCACGUGGAGGCGAGUGGUUGGAGCUGCGACCUGCGCGACCCGGAGGACCUGCCCGACGCCGCGGCGGUGACUGCCGCGGUGGCCAGCUGCGACGUAGUGCUCGGACUGCACCUCUACCGCAGUGGCCUAGUGCUUGCAGCCUGCAGGGCGCUGAAGGUGCCCUAUGUGGCGUGCUGCGGAGGCACGGAUGUGAACGAGUGCCUGCAGGUCCCGGCCAUGAACGCCGUCAUGCAGGAGGCCGUGGCGGGGGCGGUGAGCCUCCUCGCCUUCACGGCCGACAUGAAAGAGGCUGCGCUGGCUGCCUGGCCGUUUCUCCAGCCCGAGCGUGUGAGGGUGCUCCCGCAGGCGGUGUCAGUGUGCCCCGAUGACGCCUUCGAUGUGGCUCAUUUCUUGAAGUCGCUGGACGGAGACCAAGCUAAGCAAGCGGAGACAGUGAGUGAAAGUUUUUACGAGAUCAGGGAAAGAGGAUUAGUUCCAGGACAAACCUCGGUUCCUUUCAACGGUCCUUCGUCUACUAUUACACAAGGUGUUCCGAGGACGCAGUCAAGAAUGCCACGGGACGUGGGAUACCCACUGAUAGUGUUGAUAGCAGGACUUCGACCAGUUAAGGACGUACUGUAUGUAGCUGAGGCUUGGAGCAACUGGAAUGCUGAGCGAGAGGGCCGAGGAAGGCUACUCAUCAUGGGCCCCGCUCUCGAUGCUCACUAUGCCCGCCAGGUUCACUCUGAGGCAUCCAGAUGGUGCGGUGUAAGGGUAGCAGACAGCCUGAAGCCACCUGAGUGCCACGCAGUUAUCGCAAGUGCCACUGUGUUGUUAAACUCCUCCUUGAGUGAAGGCAUGUCUGCAGCUGUACUGGAGGCCAUGGCCUUGGGCACGCCCGUGUUGGCUCGGGACAUUCCGGGCAACCGCGCGGUGGUGCGGCAUGGAGAGACGGGUAUGCUCUUCUCCUGCCCCGACACUUUCGUGCAGCAGCUGAACCGCCUCCUGGACGAGCCCGCCCUCGUGGCCGCCGUCACCGCCAACGCCAAAGCCUACGUCGCCGCCCGCCACCACCCACGCGAGGAAGCCGCCACCCUCUCAAUCGUCCUCCGGGAGGCCGCUGUCCGCAGGCAGAACGCCGACUGGCAGGAGGAACUUGUGUAGACCUUGGCACUGCAGGAAGCUGUGGAAAUUAGACGAUAUUUAUGUACCCCCCCCCCCUCUCUCUCUCUCUCUCUCUCUCUCUCUCUCUCUCUCUCUCUCUCUCUCUCUCUCUCUCUCUCUCUCUCUCUCUCUCGUAUCAUUUUUUUUUUUUUCAUUUUUGUUAUUAUUCAUUUAUAUUUGUGGUAUUGUGUGUACUAAGCAAUAUGUCAUGCAGAACAAAGAUGUACAGUGAUCAUAUGUAAUAUAUAUGUGAUAUAUAUUUUUAGUAAUAAAUAUUUU